AUGAGGAAAGAAAGUCGGAGCUGGUCCAUUCCGAAGGUCGAGGAUGAAGAUUGGGAGCAAACAAUUGUUUCGUUCCAAGACUUGAACUUGGAGUCCUUUUCCCGUGCCCUCCCCGAGAGGCUGCCGGCUGUGUCGAACAAGGAUUUAUUGGCGAAAAUCCGGGUGCAGCAGAGAGAAUGUGAUGAGGGUACACUUAAGUUGGUUGAUCAUAGAAGUAAAAACGUUCAGUUUGACGAGGAUUUGCUCUGUUACUCUCUCAAAACCACAGACUUUAUCUGCAAGCCACAGGAAGAGACCGUGAAAGCCUACAAGCGAGCUCUCCAAAUUGUUGCAAACAUGCUUGAAGAGGGCUUGAUGAACACCACUAGAGGUAUGUUCUACACAGCUGAGGACGUUUACGGAUCACAAAAACGCUCUGAUUUUAUCAUCAGGCACUUAGCCUCUAAACUAGAGGUGGAUCGUGCCCAAUUGAAUGUCUUUCCAGGGGAUGCGGGUUCAGUGAUCGGUCCCCUGAGCUAUACUCUCCACGACGUAAUGCAUGUGGACUGCAACUUGGAAUUACAUGAUGCCGUCCAACCAAAGCAUGGUGUCCCUGUUCCGAAUAAUAUGCGAACGAUUAGUAAGAUGGAAGGCACCAGCGUCAAGUUUAUCUUGUUAGUAGAGAGUCUUGCGGUUUACUCUAUAUUGGCUACAGCCAACUUUCACAAUCGUUAUCGAUGUUUAUUAAUGACGGGGAGGGGAAUGCCCGAUGUGAAUGUAAGAGAGUUUAGCAGGUAUGUAUCACAGAAGCUUGGAGUUGCCCUGUUUUAUCUGUCGGACUGCGAUCCUAAUGGAAUUGAGAUAUACACGGUCUACAAGUACGGGUCGGCCAAUAUGGCUUUUGAUUCCAAGCAUUUGGCUAACCCGAAUUUGAUUUGGCUCGGUGUUUGGCCUUCCGACCUGAGCAAAUAUGAAAUUCCAUCGGUAAAGAUGACUGACAACGAGGUACACAAAGCAAAUCAAUUGUUAAAAAAGGAAUUCGUAAAGAGGGAUAAUAGGUUGGGGGAGGAGGUGAGGCACAUGGUGAGUAGCAAGCAGAAGACUACUAUCUGCGUGUUGAAUUGUGAAAGUGCCAGUGGAGUAUCAGAGUUCGUGCUACUCAAGUUGAAGCAGGUGAUGGAUGAGAUGUUGAUUUUGAGAGAGUGA